AUGAGUAUAGUUGAACUCAGAAUAUGUGGACGUUAUAAACUUGAAAGCAAAAUGGGUAACGGUACAUUUGGUUAAAUAUUCUAAGCAAAAAAUAUAUAAAACAACAGUCAAGUAGCUAUAAAAAUGGAAUAUAUAUAAUCCCGUCAUCCUCAAUUAUUAUAUGAAGGAUAAAUACUAUAAAAAUUGUAAGGAGGUAUAGGCAUACCAAACAUGCAUUGGUGUGGAUAAGAAGGAGAUUAUAAUUUUUUAGUAAUGGAAAUGUUAGGAUAAAAUUUAUAAGAAUUGUUUGUCCUAUGUGGAAAUAAAUUUUCAUUAAAAACAGUAUUAAUGAUAGCUGAUUAAAUAAUAAACAAUUUAGAAUAUAUACAUUAUAAAACAUAUCUUCAUAGAGAUUUAAAACCCGAAAAUUUUAUAAUUGGUUCUUUAAAAAGGCAAAAAUACAUAUAUACUAUAGAUUUUGGACUUUCAAAGAAAUUCAGAGAUACAAAAACAUACGAACAUAUACCUUUUCGUGAUAAAAAGCCUUUAAUAGGAACUGCUAGAUAUGCCAGCAUAAAUUCCCAUAAAGGAUACGAAUAAUCACGCCGAGACGAUUUAGAGAGCCUAGCUUAUAUGCUAAUAUACUUUUUAAAAGGAAGUUUACCUUGGUAAGGAUUAUAAUGUUAAAAUAGAGAAGAUAAAUAUUUUCAAAUUCUUGAUAUGAAAACAAAUUAUACAGAAGAAGAUUUAUGUGGAAACCUUCCGCCUGAGUUUUGGAUAUUUUUAAGUUAUUCAAAAACCUUGAAAUUUGAUGAAAAACCAGAUUAUACUUAUGUAAAAAAAAUCUUCAAAGAAAGAUUUGUUAAAGAAGGCUAUUUAUUUGAUUAUGUCUAUGAUUGGACCCUAAUUCCAUUAAAAAAUAAAAACAUUUAAUAUCCAAUUAAAUUACCACUUACUGUUUAAAUGAUUUCCAAUGAAUAUAAAUUCUUAAAAGAAAAUAAAGAUCUGUUAGACUUAUCUAAAUCAUAAAUUGGAGAUACUAGCUAUUAAACAGAAGUAGCAGAAGGGGUUUAAGGAGAUUUAGAUUCGAAUUAUUUUAAGUAAUAAUAAGAAUAAGAUAAUAAUCAAGAAACAGUUGAUAAAUAAAAGUAAUAGAAUGUAGAACAGUAGUAAUAAAUUUAUGAAUAAUAUAGGUAAUUGUAGUAAAUAUAAUAAAAUCUAUAAAUCGAAUAGUAAAAGAAAUCUAAUACAAAUCAUAAAAAAAAUAAUAAUGGGGAUUGUUAAGUUUAUUGA